AUGAAAUGUGCAAUUCUUUCACCAGCAUUCAAAGUUCGAGACUUUUCAGUGAAGGAUAGCCAACCCUUCAGAAUUAAACUUUCUUGGGCAGGGAUCGGACAAAGUGAUGGGGGUGAAAAUGAUGUUUUUAUCGAGCACGAUGAGUUUCCUUUCUCAAAAAUGCUCACAGUUUACCGACAGGAAUCUUUUCAAAUUGAUGCAAGUUAUUCUUAUCCUAACCAGAUCCCACAUCCUAGUCGUCACAUAGGUAAGCCACAACCGAAAACUGUUGGUGGUUCGUGGGUUGUUCGUGAUGUUACACCAGCAUCUGAUAAUGGGGCUCGUAAAGUGAAAGUGAAAGUUCGAAUCAAUCCUAAUGGAAUAUUUUCAGUUUGCUCAGCGAACACUUUUGAGACUGUUGAAUUGCAACCAGUGAAAGUGGAGACUCAGCAAGGUGCUGAACCAAUGGAAACCGAUGAUAGUAAAAGUAAUCAAGAGAGCAACGAAGAUGGAACUGCAACUACUACUGCUACAGAAACUCCUGUUGAAAGUGAUCAAAAAGAAUCAAAAAUUGAACCAAAAACUAAGACAGUAUCUGUAGAUUUACCAGUUGAAGAGCAUGUUUCUUAUAAGAUUUCCAACAUAUCUGAUCAAAUUCAGUCUGAGAAAGAAAUGCAGCAAAAAGAUCGCAUAGAAAAAGAAAAAGUUGACGCAAAAAAUGCUGUAGAGGAGUAUGUGUAUUACAUGCGUGAUAAAUUGGGAGACUCACUCUCAGAAUUUGUUUCUAAUGAGGAAGCGGAAAAGUUGCAAACUUUCUUGAAUAAAACAGAAAAUUGGCUUUAUGAUGAAGGGGAAGAUGUUGAAAAGACAAUUUAUGAUGCUAAAAUGGUCGAACUGAAGAAAAUGGGGGAUCCGGUGCAGGAAAGAUAUCGUGAAUUUGAAAAUCGCAAAAAUGCCUUUGAUGACUUUGAUAGAUCCCUUAUUAAAGCACGUAAAUUUUAUGACGAUUAUAGAAAAGGAAGUGAAAAUUAUGCGCACCUCGAAUCGAGUGAUAUGGAAAAGGUGAUAUCUGCUGUUGAAGAGAAAAAGAAAUGGAUCGAUGACCAGAGAAAUCGUCAAGAAAAGCGCAAAAAAACUGAACCCCCUGUUGUUUUCGUUCAUGAGAUACAAAAUGAAUUGCAGAAAUUUGAGGCUAUUGUUCUUCCAAUCUUGAGCAAACCGAAGCCAAAACCACCUAAAACAGAACCGUUAAAAAGUGACGGAAAAGGCGAUAAUGAGCAGAAGGAAGAGAAGCCGAUUGUUAACGAAGAAACAUCAAAGUGUGAGGCUAAAAUGAAUGAUGCUGAAAUGGAAGUUGAUUGA